AAUUUCAAUUUAGCCCAAAAUGUCGGAAGAUACUAAAAAAAAUCAUUCGGAAAACCUUAAUCAAAUAGAUGGAAGUACAGACGGAAUAGUAUCAAAUAAAAGCGCGAAAAAGCGAAACAAACACAAGAAGAAGCAAAAUGAAGUUCAAGAGGAGGAAAAGGACCCAAAUACGGAAGUUGUCCCAGGAGAUGGAAACCUUUUGGCAAAUUUAUCCAAUCCUAUUAAUACAAUUUCCAUAAAAGAGCUGAAGGCAGCCAUGGAAGUGUUCACACUUUCACAGAAACCUGCUAAGAACAAUGAGGAAGCACUCAAAAAAACUUAUCAAUUUUGGAAUACUCAGCCAGUGCCUAAAAUGGAUGAAAAGAUAACUGUUAAUGAGGCCAUAGAACCUGAUAAAGAGGCUACUGAAAUUCGACAGGAGCCGUACACUUUGCCUGAUGGUUUUAAGUGGGACACACUUAAUUUAGAUGAACCAUUAGUUUUGAAAGAAUUGUACACUCUUCUCAAUGAGAACUAUGUGGAGGAUGAUGAUUGUAUGUUUAGGUUUGACUAUCAGCCUGAAUUUUUAAAAUGGGCCCUGCAACCUCCAGGGUGGAAAAGGGAGUGGCACUGUGGUGUUAGAGUGGUUAAAAGUGGUAGAUUGGUAGGAUUUAUCUCUGCUAUUCCUGCAACACUGAAUAUUUAUAAAAAGACACAAAAAAUGGUGGAGAUAAAUUUCCUGUGUGUACAUAAAAAGUUGCGGUCGAAACGAGUGGCGCCCGUGUUAAUUAGAGAAAUCACCCGUCGGGUCCAUCUGCACGGUCUGUUCCAAGCCGUGUACACUGCUGGCAUAGUGUUACCGAAACCGGUAAGUACGUGUACUUACUGGCACAGAUCAUUGAAUCCUAAAAAAUUGAUUGAAGUGAAAUUCUCACAUCUGUCCCGCAACAUGACCAUGCAGAGGACCCUCAAGCUAUACAAGUUACCUGACAAGCCAAAAACGCCGGGGUUUAGAAAAAUGACCGCUGCAGAUAUUCCUAGAGCUCAUAAAUUACUUGCUGAGUACUUGCAACGUUUCGAUUUAGCGCCAUAUUUCAAUGAAGAAGACUUCACUCAUUGGUUUCUGCCCAGACCGAAUAUAAUCGACAGUUUCGUAGUGGAUGUAGAUGGUGAAAUAACCGAUUUCAUAAGCUACUACACUCUACCGUCUACGGUGAUGCACCAUCCUGUACAUAAAAACCUCAAAGCCGCGUACUCGUUCUACAAUGUGUCCAAGGGCAAUCCUUGGAUUCCUCUGAUGACGGACGCCUUGAUAUCGGCCAGACAGCUCAACUUCGACGUAUUCAAUGCCUUAGAUUUGAUGGAUAACUCCGAGUUUCUGUUGCAACUCAAGUUCGGCAUAGGCGACGGAAAAUUACAAUACUAUUUGUAUAACUGGAAAUGUCCCAGUAUGAUGCCAUGCAAUAUAGGAUUGGUUUUGCAGUAGGGAACGGUUUUCGUCUACUCAAGGCGCCUGAACUAAAAUUGGCGGCCGGGGAAAAGACUGCGCGUUGGGCGCCAGUUCUGCAAACACGUUUUUUUGUUCAGUAACUCACGAACAGUUCAUCUUACCGUAAAAAUAGAAAGGAUAGAUACAAUCUACAUACGGAUUCAAAAUUCUCAAUGGCCACUAGUAAAUUUUUGUCAGGUUGGUUUGCCGAAAAUCACUAUCAAAUUGAAUCGAACUUGCAUGAAAACUACACAAAAAUAGAACAAGUUCCAUUUGUUUUAUGGCAUAAAACUUUCAUAAAACAUGCUUAGGGACAUAUGUUUAGACUGUUAUUUAACAAAAACCGCGUUUAUGAGAAUGGCGCCCAACGUAAAAUUUACAUCUGCGCCUGCUUGGAUUUAUAUUUAAUCAUUUCCAAACGUCAAUCAUAUACAGAUAAAAAAUAGUUCUGGCGCUUACGGUAUUCGUUUUUUGGGUUUUAUUUCAAUCCAUAUAUCCAAAAUAAAUUUGUUAAUCUGAUGAGCCAAAAAUUUAGUUACAAAAUGAUUUUAAUCUAGAAGACUUUCUUUAAUCGAUGAAGUUGUAAUUUUUCUUUUUUGGUUGCUUUAUUUUGUUUAUUUUCGUUUCGUAUAUUUUUAUAGGAAUGGACUAGAAAAAAUAAUAAAGAUAUGAAGGUUAUUUGGUAUGAUUCAUUUUAAACCGGUACUUUAUUUUAAAUUGAAGAACCAGUGUUGGCAUGAGUAUCAAACUUUUGUCUGUUCAUUUUUAAAUUCAGGAUAAAUGUGCCGGCUACAAUUUUUAAUGGUAGAUAAACGUUUUUGUGCAUGGAUUGCAUGUGAUAUAUUAAUAUUAUUUUAUUAUUCACUUGAGUUGAACAAUUGAAAUUUGUUUAGUAGCAAAUUAAGUCAAAAAUGGUUCUAAAUCGAAUGUGAUUGUUCUACUAUCAAAAGAAACCAGAUUUUUAUAGAAAAUUCUUUAAAAACAUAUAGGUGCCGACAGUCAGAAAUAACAGGAUAACCAGUUUUAAAGCAUAAAGUAAUAGAAAUACCCCAAGUCAUCUGACAAAAGAGUUAUCGCAUUUUUAAUUACAGUUUGCACGUGUCUUCUUAUAUCAGUUGUGCUUUGUAGGUGCUUA